CAUUGGUGGAGGCAACUUCACCUCCAGGCAAAUGGCAAUGGGUGAAAGGAUAGCAGAGCUUCCUCCAGACUUGCAGUAUAUUCAGUAUGAUCAUAGUCUGGAGAAGCAGUACCUACCGGCCAUUCGGGGGUUGAUAUCCAAGGAUCUCAGCGAGCCGUACAGCAUCUAUGUCUACCGUUACUUCCUCCAUCACUGGGGCGACCUGUGUUUUAUGGCAAUUGAUCCCAAGACCUCAGCGCUCAUAGGCGUCGUCGUCAACAAACUCGAGAUCCACCAAUCCCACUCCCCACCCACUCUCCGCGGCUACAUCGCCAUGCUCGCCGUAUCCUCGUCAUAUCGCGGCCAGGGGAUCGCCACGACGCUCGUUCAGAAAGCCAUCGAUGCAAUGAUUGCACGUGAUGCGGAUGAGGUUAUUCUUGAGACAGAGGUCUCGAACACGGCCGCCAUGAAGUUGUAUGAGCGCCUCGGAUUCCUGCGGAGCAAGAAGCUGCAUAGGUACUAUUUGAGCGGGAGCACGGCGUAUAGACUGGUUUUGCAGUUGAAGUCACAGCUAGGUUGAGGUUCGGUGGUGUCGAAAUAGAGGGGGUUAACGAAAUGCGUUAUGACACAAGCGAAGACUAUCAAGGUUUUUCGGAUUUGAUCAAUGGAUAUACCACAUUCAACUGCCUGUGUGUGUUGUAUCUAUAGAUGUCUUUGGGGAUCUCUCAGGUUCUAACGGGCAAUUAAUGAUACGCAGAUUGGCAUUUGGAUGAUGGUAAUAACACCACAGGCAUAACAGAAGCAAACCAACAAGAUAGUCAAAUUGAGAAUACCCGA